AUGACAAGCAGACCUAAACCAGAAGAAGUCCCUUACGACCCAAAGAUUGAAAGAACCCUCUGCAUUUGCUUACGAGCUGCUAGACAAAUUAGAGCUGAAAUUGAAGAAAUGGCCGAACCAAGGACUAUGAUGGACUAUGCCAAACCAACUCUAACCGAAGCUGCUUCAAGCAUUGUAAGACCAGCCAUUGCUGCUAAUAAUUUUGAGAUCAAACCAGCCAUAAUUCAGAUGAUCCAAAACACAGUUCAGUUUUGUGGAAUGGCUCAUGAAGAUCCAAACUCUCACAUAGCCAAUUUCUUGGAGAUUUGUGACACAUUCAAGCAUAAUGGAGUGAGUGAUGAUGCUGUUAGGCUAAGGUUAUUCUCAUUUUCAUUGAAAGACAAGGCCAAGGUUUGGCUGAAUUCAUUGCCAGCUGGAUCUAUAGCCACUUGGGAUGAGAUGGCUAGCCGAUUCCUCUCCUAG